CCUUUUCAUCCACUGCGCUGGUUACUUUGCUUGAAAGAGAGCCCGAGGUGUGUUCCUCUCCUGGAAAAACUAUGGGAAAUUCUGAGCAAGGCAAGACAGAAGGGAGGUUCACCCUCAUAUUGGGGCUAGUCACCCUGGUGGCUGCCUUUGGAUCAUCUUUCCAGUAUGGGUACAAUGUUGCUGUUAUCAACUCUCCCUCGGAGAUCAUGCAAAACUUUUACAACCAAACUUAUUAUAAAAGGACUUCUGAAUAUAUGAGCAGUACAGUCUUGACCCUGCUAUGGUCUAUCUCUGUGUCCAUGUUUCCUCUGGGAGGCUUACUUGGGUCACUCGUGGUUGCCCCGAUGGUGAAUAAAUGUGGCAGAAAGGGAACCUUGCUGAUCAACAACAUAUUUUCUAUUGUUCCUGCGAUUUUGAUGGGAUGCAGCAAAGUGGCCGGGUCCUAUGAGAUGAUCAUCUUGUCCCGAAUUGUGGUGGGAAUAUGUGCAGGUCUGUCCUCCAAUGUGGUCCCCAUGUACUUGGGAGAGUUGGCCCCCAAAAACCUGAGAGGUGCCAUUGGUGUGGUCCCGCAGCUGUUCAUUACUAUUGGAAUCCUUAUAUCCCAGAUCUUUGGUCUUCGGAGCAUCCUCACCAGUGAAGAGGGAUGGCCGAUUCUUCUCGCAUUGACUGGGAUCCCUGCAGUUCUGCAGCUGCUCUUGCUGCCCUUCUUCCCAGAGAGUCCCCGGUAUAUCUUGAUUCAGAAAGGAAAUGAAGAAAAAGCCCGAAAAGCUUUAAAGAAACUGAGAAACUCUGAUAAUGUUGACGCUGAGAUGGAGGAGAUCCAUAUGGAGAAUGAGAUGGAGAAGACCGCAGGCAGAAUAUCCUUGCUGAAACUCUUUACCACAAAGUCACUCAGAUGGCAGCUCAUUUCCAUUAUCGUCCUAAUGGCAGGUCAACAAUUCUCAGGAGUCAAUGCGAUCUUCUACUAUGCGGACCAGAUCUACAGGAAAGCAGGAGUGGCUAUAAAUGAUGUUCAGUAUGUCACAGUGGGGACAGGUGCAGUCAACGUGCUGAUGACCAUCUUAGCUGUGUUCAUUGUGGAGCUCCUAGGGAGGAAGAUGCUCCUCCUGAUUGGCUUCAGUACCUGCUGCCUGGCAUGCAUCAUUUUGACAAUAGCCCUUUCACUUCAGGACACUAUGACUGGUAUGCCUUAUGUCAGCGUUGCUUGUGUGAUCAUCUAUGUUGUGGGUCAUGCUAUUGGGCCUAGUCCCAUUCCUGCAUUGAUUAUCACUGAAAUCUUCCUGCAGUCCUCCCGGCCAGCUGCGUUCAUGGUCGGAGGCACUGUCCAUUGGUUCUGCAACUUCAUCGUGGGACUGAUCUUUCCUUUCAUUCAGGUGGGUCUUGGACCCUACAGCUUCAUCAUCUUUAGUGUGAUGUGUUUCCUUGCCACAAUUUAUACGUACUUCAUCAUCCCGGAGACCAAGGCUAAGACAUUUAUGGAAAUCAACCAGAUUUUUGCCAAGAUUAAUAACGUGUCAGACGUUCAGGCAGAGAAACAGGAACUAAAGGAUUUCAAGUCUUCUGUUCCUCUGUAGGAGUUCCUGGCUACCCUUUUCACUUUUCCAGCUGAGAAUUGAGCCUAUCCAGAAACAGGGAUGGGGAUGAACAGACUGUGGCCCUAGACUCCAGACUCCUGGGAAACGGAAUAUCCAUUGAAUCCUUGGGUGGAGAUUCUGAAAGAAUCAAGAUCUUUUUACGGGUCAGCUACUCGUUGAGUCUAAGUCAGGACCCAUAACUAUUGUUUAUAUUGAGCAGCAACUCCUUCGUGACUUGUCAUAUGAACCUUUGUAUUGAAAACAAUCACCAUGGAGAGAUGAUAUGAGUUUGGGGACCUUCAGGGAUGUGUGGGCAACCCUGGUCAAAUCGAUUUCUUCCUUCCUACCACUAUUCUGCCUUGGAGACGUUAUUCUUAGGAAAAUGUCAUGUUAGAAACACAAUCACAUCAAGACAAAGAGAUGGUUGUGGAUGGUUCCGCUAAGGAGGAGCAUAGAGAAAGGUUCAAGAAGAACUCAUUCUAAACUUAAUCCUGAAUGUUAUUUGUUAAAGGGAACUAUGAUUGUUUCUAUGUAUUCAUUAAAGGAGAUUUGAUCAUUUUUCAUUGA